AUGGAGCCGAGUAACGAUGAGGAAGCGUUCUUUCGGGUUAUUUCGGAGAAUAUGAAAUAUGCUUUUACAAGUCCGAUCGCCACCACAACACAAUUUCCCACGCCCUAUUCCCAAGCGCAUAAUAAUACUAGCUCUCACACUCAAGAGACGGAACGGGCAAGAACACACUCCGAAAGUCAAUCCAUCGUGGAAAACAGUAUGCUAGCAGAGUCUAAUGGUGCUUCCUCAUUGAGCGAUGUUAACGUGCAGCCUUCGUCAGUACUCCAACUUGGAAACGAAUUCAUGUUGACAUCACCAGAGCAAUUUAGAGAGUUUCUCUUCGAGUCGCCAGCAGGAAUUAACCUUCUUCACCGGACACCGGCAAAGACGCCUCUUCGUUUCUUCAACAGUUCCGCAAUAGUUUCUUCUGCCCAAAGCCAGAGCCAUCAGUCUCAGCAAAAUCAAGGCCACUUACCGCAACAAGCAACUAAUGGGCCGCUUCAGAAUCAAAUCACUCCUCUCAGGAAUAUAGAUGUCAACCUAAUGUUCAACUCCAGAAAUAAGCAAACGAACAACACAUCGUCACCUUCCAAACGCUACUUGUCGCUCACACCCUACGGUAAGAGAGUACUUUCUGAUAUAGGAACCCCCUAUGCAAAGCUGCUCGCCUCUUCUAACAGUGCAUUGGUUGAUUUUCAGAGGGCCCGGAAAGAUGUGCAAAAGUCUGUGGGUCCGCAAGGCUCAGACUUACGAUCUCGCGGAAAUAGCAAUACAAAUAAAGGGCUCUCCGGUGACCUAGACGUCGGCUCCGGCCAUCACAAAGCUAGUUUAGUAUCGGGGAGUGAUGAUGAAAUAGAAAGUGGUGCGGACGAUUGCGGGUCUUCUCCCACCACUAUCCAACUUAAUUCGUCUGUGACGAAAUCAACAAGGGAUAAACUGGGGUCUAUUGGCUCAAUCCCAGAAAAUAAUAUUACAAACUCAGACUUAGGACCAUCGAGUGAAGACGAGCAUGAAACUAACAUAGAUGAAAGAUUAUUCGAAAUGGAAAAGCUUCCGCUCUCGCCGACGCCAAAACCUUCAAAACGUAACGACUUAGAUGUAACUCGGAUUAAAAUUCCGGAGCUGCCAAAAAUGGGAUCUUUUAAGAGUGAGCGGUCAAGCUCGGUUCCAAAUACUGCGAAAAAAACAACUAGAAAGCAACCCAAGUUCCAGAUCAUUGUGACGGAUGCCAACUCCUUUAAUUCUACUAGGGGAACCGUUAUGGGUGGCGAUGCGGUUGGUAAGAAACGGAAGCCUGCUUUGAAAAGAUCUCAAUCUGAAAUCGUUUCAACGACCUCCGCAAGCAGUUCCAGGGGCAAAACAAAGAGACAGAAAUUAUCACAGGUGCAUAACUUUUCGUUAGACCUCAAUUCAAGAUACCCGGAUUCGCAAUAA